AGGAUCAGGUCGACUGCUGCUGCUGGUGCUGCUGCUGGUGAGGAGGAACCCUUACUUCAUAUCUCCUCCUUUCUCCUGACAUUGCAGACGUCCACGCUUACAGGAUGAAGUUUGAGAAGAUCUUGGAGGAGAUCAAUGGUUUCGGCUCUUUCCAGCUUCUCCUCAUCGUCCUGCUCUGUUCUCCUCGUAUCGUUCUCCCGUGUCACUACCUGCUAAACAUCUUCAUCGCCACGGUGCCUCCUCAUCACUGUGACCUCAGUGACCUCAGUGACCUCGACGACGCUGCAGAGACGCUCACAAACCUGAGUGACGCACAGAGACUGACGGUCAGCGUUCCAAAGCACAAAGAUGGGACCUUCAAGUCGUGUGAGAUGUUUGCAGAGCGUCAGUUUCAGCUUUUAUCUAACAUCUCAAACAUUAGCGCUGACGUGUCCACAGUCCAGUGUCACAGCGGGUGGGUUUACGACAACUCCAGCUUCAGCUCCACGCUCGCAACAGAGUGGGACCUCGUCUGUGACAGGAAGAGUCUGAGGAACACCACGGGUACCAUCUUCUUCCUGGGAGUGAUGGUGGGAUCCAUAGUUUUUGGAUUCCUCUGUGAUAAAUACGGGAGGAAGAAGACUCUCCUGGUGUCGUACGUGAUCUCGAUGGUGUUCAGCCUCUCCAGUGCGUUUGCAAACUCCUACGUCAUGUUCGCCGUGCUCAGGUUUCUCACUGGGUUCGGAAUGACGGGAAUCGGCAUCAAUUCAUUGGUUCUCUCCAUCGAGUGGGUCGACGCAGACCACAGGUCGUUUAUCGGCGUGAUCGGCAGCUUGUCCUGGUCUGUGGGAAACAUGAUGCUCGCCGGCUUUGCCUUCUUGGUGAAUGACUGGCGGACGCUGGUCAUGGUUGUGACGGCACCGCUGGGCCUGGCAGUUUUGACCUGGUGGUGGAUUCCUGAAUCUGCUCGAUGGCUGUUGGCCAACGGUAAAGUGGAGACGGCUCAGUUUUACCUCGACAGAUGUGCAAAGUUCAACAAGAGAGCAAAAGUAAAUGUGGAGACUCUCUGCAACAAGGAAGACCUUGAAACGCAAGACAAGAACUAUACGUACCUUCACCUGAUCAAGACCCCGAAGAUUAGAAAAAUAUCGGUGAUCAUUGGGAUUGUGUGGUUCGGAGUUGCGGCCACGUAUUACGGAAUCAGCCUGAACAUCGGAGGCUUGGGUCUGAACGUUUACCUCACACACUUCAUCUACGCAGCCAUCGAAGUUCCCGCCAAACUCAUGAUUUACUGUUUACUCGACAUCAUCGGACGCAGGAAGUGUCAGUCAGGAACGCUGUUACUGACGGGAACCUGCAUCGCCAUCAACAUCCUUGUCCCCAGAGAUCUGUGGAUUAUUCGCAGCGUUGUUGCGAUCCUUGGUAAAGGUUUGUCUGAAGCUGCCUUCACAACGGUUUUCCUCUACACGUCAGAGCUUUACCCGACAGUCGUCAGACAAAACGCUUUAGGCUACGCCAACUUCGUGAGUCGCGUGGGCGUCUCGGUGGCUCCGCUCGUCCUGCUGCUGGACGACGUGUGGACGCCCCUCCCUCAGAUUGUCCUCUGCUGCGUGGCCGUCUCGUCGGGUCUUGCGUCUCUGCUGCUGCCGGAGACGCUGAAGGCUCGGCUGCCGCAGACCAUCGACGACAUCGAGGAGGAGCGCGGAAGAAACAUCGUCUCCUCUCACGCCGCGGACUCUUCAGCUGUUUUCCUGGAACCAAAGAGCGAAGAAGACAGUUAGCAGCGAGGACACGAGUACACGAGGACACGAGGACAACAAAGACUUAUUUUAGUUUCACACACUGAACCUUUUUAAAUGAAACACAUGAAGAAAUACA